AUGUUACGCUCACCUAUAAGUCGAUUCGGCUCCAGCCCGGAUUUAUCAACAACUUCCGGAAACAUCUCCGUGCGUAAGCGUAGACAUGAUGACGAUUUUCAUCAGUCAUUUAACGAGUUUACAAAGAAUAUAAUGUCUACAUUGAAAGAAUGGAAAAUCGACUUAGAACAUAACUUCUCUGAGAUAAAUAAUAAUGUUAACAAUGUUAUAAAACAAGAUCUUACUAAACUUACUGAAUCUACGAUUGAAAUGAAAUCAGAAAUUAAAACUAUUCUUCACGAUUUCAAUAAAUUUAAGGAGACGGUGGAUAGCAUGGGAGAUAAGCAAAAGGCUUUGGAAGUAGAAGUUACUGCGCUACAGACGUCCAUGCAAUUUAUAGCGGAUAAACAAGAUGAUGCUAUGAAAAAAAUCGAUUGUGUUACUAGAUAUACAAAGAAAAUUGAAUCCCUGGAAACACAGUUGAAUGAAGUAAAGCGUGAUAAUGAGGCGCUAAGAGCUGACGUUAAUUCCGCGGAACAGCGGGAAAGACUGAUGAACUUGGAGAUUAUUGGGAUACCGGAAGCGAAAGAUGAGAAUUUAGAGAACAUUAUCGUUAAAUUGUCAAAUUAUGUAGGUGCAGAUUUAUCACGUGAUGAUAUAGUACAUGUGCAUAGAGUAACGCCCAGAAUAAAGACACAAGGACGUCCACGAGUAAUUGUUGUUAAAUUUAAAACUCGUCUCAUUCGUGAUAAUAUUUUAUCCCGAGCAAGGAAAAUCCCAUUAAAAACAGAUAAGCUACAAUUUGAAGGAGAGGUGCGAUCCGUUUAUGUAAAUGAGCAGUUGACAUUUGUAAAUAAGCAAUUACUAAAGAAGUGCAAAGAGGCUGCCAAACUGAAGAUGUACCAGUAUGUUUGGGUAAAAAACGGAAGGAUUUUUAUAAGAAAAAACGAUGUCUCUCCGGCGAUACCGAUUAUGAAGGCGGAAAAUUUAUCCAGGAUUGUUUGA